UUCAUUUUCUCCUUCCCCAGAUCAAGUGUGACACAAACCUCAACGUGUUCAAUGGAGAUUUUAUGAAGAGCAACUCUAAGCAGUGAUUAAUUAUGAAAUGGAAGGAAAAGGACUGAGGUUUAUUACAAAUAAAAACCACUGUUUCCUGCCUUAUUUCACCCAGAAACAACAAAUAACAUGCAGUGCCAUUCAAUACUUAGAACAAAAGGUUGGCUUUUCUUUCUGACGGAUCUUUUUCCUCCACGUUCGCUGAGACUCUUAAUGAAUGAAACUCUUUCGGUCGGAGAGACCUUAAUACUGUUCAACUCUUGGAUCAAGACCAAGCCUCCUGGUGCUCUUGUUUUCUCAUGAAGCCGUUCAAAAGUGGAUUGUCUGAGGUGUUGGCUGGGUGGAUGAGACGCCCGGCUCGGUUCUGGUUCUGGUCGGACAGGAACUUCAGGUUCUACAGGGAGAGGGAAUGUUACAGUAAAGGGGCCGACUCUGAAUGCCAUGUGGCUGGUUUCGUGUUUCCUGGCAACGGGAACCAUGGCUCCGCCCGCUUGGACAAGAGCAUCGAGGAGCAGCUGUCAAAGGGAAUCCGGUUCUUCGAUCUCCGCGUUGCGCACAAACCCAACGACCCGUCCGACGACCUCUACUUCACACACGUCAUAUACACACACCUGACGGUUCUGAAAACCCUGGAAUGCGUCGAGCACUGGCUGAACUCUCACCCGAAGGAGGUCGUCAUCCUGGCCUGCAGCCAUUUUGAGGGAAUGGACGACGCGUGCCACGAGUUGUUCAUUUCCCACUUGAAGAAGCUGUUCGGCUCAAAGCUGUGUCCCCGGAAGGAGCCGGUCCUGAGCCUGCGGAGCCUCUGGGCGUCCGGUUACCAGGUCAUCCUGUCCUACGAAUCCCAGCUGGUGGCCAGACACCCGCAGCUGUGGCCCGCCAUACCGUACUGGUGGGCGAAUAAAACAACGGCACAAGAAGUGAUCCGCUACCUGGACUGGAACAAAGACAUGGGACGACCAGAGGGCUUCUUCGUCUCCGGCCUGAACCUCACGGCUCCGAGGUCGUACAUCGCCAAGAACCCGAAGGAAUCCCUGCGGACGCUGACCUUCAGCAACUGGGAGUGUCUGAGGGAGUGGGUGGAGCAGCAGAGACCCGGGUCGGACCCUCACAGCCUCAACAUCAUAGCGGGGGAUUUCGUGGGUCCGCUUCCGCUCUGCUCCCUGGUGAUCGGACUGAACCACAAACUGCGACCGAAGAUCUCAGCCCGUCCCAUGAAGGAGCAGCAGCAGCAGUGAUUUCGGCUUCACGUCUGGAUUUCUUGUGUCUAAAAUGUUCACCGAUUUAAAAAGAAAACCAGCUGAGGUCGUUUUGUUUUCUACCCGAGAAAAGUUUGCAUUUCUUACGUGAAGCCAAGUAUAUAUUUCGUACAAGAAAACGUCUCGUUCUGGCUCAGAUUUGUCAGCUCAGAUCUUUUAAUCGCUGCAGAGUAAACACAGUAUUUUCCUAA